AUGUGCGUGUCGGCUCUCAAACAGGCCAUCUGUGUUGUUUUUACGCACGGCGACUUGGACACAAAGAUGAGCAGCAUGAACGCGUCCUGCUUCUCCGUGGCCAUGGAUCUAGGCGUUUGCCAGCUAAGACAUUUCAACUCAAUUUCGUUUCUGUCGGCGUUGUUGAGCACGGAAAGCACGCAUCUCACGCUUGACAACAGUUCAUCCGGAGCCAGCGUUGUGGCCAUAGACAACAAGAUUGAACAAGCCAUGGACCUGGUGAAGAGCCACCUCAUGUACGCCGUGCGCGAGGAGGUGGAGGUGCUGAAGGAGCAGAUCAAAGAGCUGAUCGAGCGAAACUCCCAGCUGGAGCAGGAGAACACGCUGCUAAAGACUCUGGCCAGCCCCGAGCAGAUGGCCCAGUUCCAGGCACAAGUGCAGACGGGCUCCCCCCCUCCCUCCUCCACCACCACCACCACCUCCACCGCCUCCACCGUCCCGGGCCUGCCCCUCCUCACGCAGCCCGCCUCGCACUCCACCGGCCCGUCUGCGUAG